AUGGCAGUUGGUCAAGACGAUGGACCAAUGCCGCUUUACAUGCAUACGGUGAAACGCAUCCUACGAGAAUUGCGUAUGGCUCAACAGCAAACUCAGACCGGAUUCGACUACCGGGAAUUCAAACGGAGGGUCAUGUCCUCUAAUCUGACUCCCUCCCAGCUAGAGCCCCUCACUCAGCGUUUGGACACAUUAGAGAGCUUUAUGCCUCAGAUACAGGCUGUUGGUAGUAGUGGGAAGGGAAAGAAGCAAUCGCGGGGAUCAGAUUGGAAACCAAAAGCAUUUUCCUUGAACAAGAUUCGGAAAUUGGCAGAGUAG